AGAGGAAGGGGUUUGCACCUUUAAGGGCUCUGUGCCAAGUCCUCCACACAAGGCGGUCCACUGGAAUGCCCUUCCACUGAGGCACAUAACAUCUGUGGACAACAUACCUGACCUCCUGAGGAAAGUGGUACUUUGUAUUACACCCCAGAGCCACAACAAGUAGACAACAUGAAGCCCAAAUCUCUUCCCUCAAGGUUGUUUGACGGAAAUUCUGCAUCAGGUGCAACUCUGAAUGCACGAGCAGCAAAAUAUCAACGGCAUGUGGAUCAACAAGAGAGUCUGUAUCCUUUUGGCCACAAUGACAGCCAGCCGGGGAGAGAGAACGACAGACAAAAUGAGAGGAGCCACAGAGAAGUUCAUUUUGCAUUUCGGCCAGAGAGGUAUGAGCCGCUGGUUGACGAGGAGGCCAAAGAAGAGAAGAAGAAAAGGAGGAAAGAAAAGUACAAAAAAGUCAAGAAGAAUGCUGGCAAGGCACUGCGCUGCACCUGGAAGUGUCUAAUGCUCGGUCUGUACAAUUUUGCCCUUGGCUACUCUACUCCAAUCGUGGUGGCUGCUACUUUUGUCCCUGACUUUCACCCGGGCAGGAACGCGGCCUGAGCUCAGCCACGUGCACCUGUAGCCACACGCCGGUUAACUCAAGGAUACUGACCAGAGAUGUUUUAUAUUCGAAUGUGUUUAAAUAUUGAAAUUAUUUUUUUUAUAUUUGAUUGUUAAACAUUCUAAUUCUAAUGAACAAAGUGGUUAAUAGGCCUUUUCCACAGCAGACAUUUUGAUAAUGAUGUUCUAACCAAUUGUUUUGGUAGUCUAUAUUUCUGUGCUUUUCUUACUGUGGCAUUUUGAUCUCAUCAAAUGCUGUAAUAAUAUACAGUAUUACCCACUUUUUAAAACCAGAUUUGCAGGAAUAUCCACAGUUAAGAUCAUAAAACCAGAGACUGUAAAAUUGCUCUUUGCGUAGACCCAAUGCGUAUGUCGGCUAUGUACUCCUGUAAAUUACUCCUACAUUACAUAUUGCUCAUGCAUGUGUUAACCAAUGAAAAAUAUGUGCUUUUUUAAAAAAAAAAUCAAGCAUCUCGCUGUUGUUUGCAUGUGUGCAGAGGGAUUAUGUCGGGAUGUGGCAUCUGCUGUAGCUGUAGAGAAUCAGGGCAUUAUACCCCUUAUAGGCAGGAAACAGGGAAGUGAUCAUCAGUUAAGUACGAGUAAAGCAAGGGUCUUCCAGAUCCAGACAAGAUUGUGCAAGUCAAUUCCUGAACCUUGCAAGUUCAAUUGACGGCAGUGCAACUGGUAACAUUUAUGACCAGAACUGUAUGACCUUAUCGUUGUAUACGUCAGAAGUGAGAAAUGGUUUGUCCUGGACGAUGGAGGCAUGUCCCAACUUCUCCUCCUCGAAGACAUGCUCAGUGGCCUGACGUCUCAAAGACCCCCCUCCCCUCCCGCAUGUCUUUUGAGGACUUUGCAGCGUCUCCAUUCUUUGAGCGGGAGCUGGAGGUCGCCAAGCAGAAUGGGGCCGAGUGGAGGAAGUUGAAGAGGAAGUCAGCUUGCUGCCGACAGGUCGCCUUUGCAGGUUCUGUCACAUGGGAAGGAGAGGACCUAGUUUGUAUGAUUGAUAGGAGAGAAGAAGAAGUGACCACUAACUCACCAAACGACAAAUAUACAUUAAAUAUAUUGUAUUAGUAUUAAUGUAAUUAUUUGUGAACUAAUUAACUAAUGUGAAUAUAAUUAUUGCAUUAAAUGCAAUAUUGUUAUUGUACUAGAAUAUAUACCAUUAUAGCACAAUAAUGUAUAUAAUUAUUUUACAGGAAUAAAUACAAUUAUUUCAGUAAAUAGAUAUUAUUGCACUAGAAUACAUAGAAUUGUUUUACUGGAAUACAUACAAUUAUUUCAGUAAAUACAUAUUGCACUAGAAUAAAUAUAAUUAUCAAUAAUAUAAUCAUGACAUUUGAGAAGCUGAAACCAGAUAAUGUUGGUGAUUUUUGUUUUUUGCAAUUAUAUUGUAAAUAUAAUGAUUUCUAAAUGAUUAAAAUCAUCAAUAAAUAUAAUAUAAUCAAUAAAUCUGACAGCAUCUGUUUAGUCAAUAUCAAUAUAUUCAUAUCAUUAUUAUUUAGAUAUAUUGUAUAUAUGUGAAGAGCAGAAUUAAAAGAUCAAUAUAGUUUGUAUGUGUUUUGUUUGCGGUUUACUGUUUUUUCAUCUUUAAAUUAUUAAAGAGAACAUGUGAUUUUGUCAGAUGAGAAACAUUUUAAUCAUAUCUUUAUUGAAACACAUCACUGCAGUCGAGGAAGAAAUUAUUCUCCACCUGGUUUCCAGUACUGAAAUACAAAACUAUAACUUUGGAUACAUUUCUGUACACGUUCCAGAUGAUCCUCAGAUUGGAACAUUAUGGUGUGACCUUUGAAGGUAGUUUCUAACAUUUCAGUGAUUCUGUAUGUGUAUGAGUUUGUUCAAUUUGAAGCUUUUUCUCGUCAUGAUAUUUGAAGGUUGAUUUGUAUCAAAUGUUAAUAAACUGUGCAACAAAAACGAAAUCAUUUGCUAAUGGUGGACA